UCGUGUUUUCUCGGCUUCUCUACGGAGCGUUCUCAGCUACAGCAAAGUUAGGAGUUGAACAGUGCUCCCCCUUUGUUUCGCUCAUGGGCACCUUUUGUGAAAACAAACCACACCUCUUCACAUAUGACACCAAGCCAGGUCCUUAAUAACAUUUGCUUCCUGGAAGUCAAAUAUUCUGACUGCACUUAACAGGUGACGUUUCUGGGCUUUCAAAGUGUGACGGGAGCAAAGAAAUAGACUCAUUUAUCAGAGAAUCUUUCUGCCGCUCAAGAAUCACAAGUUGAAAGAUGACACUGACAUGGAAAAUGUUAAUUUUCUUGUUCACUCUGACUGCUGCAGGAAUGUUCUUUAAGUUAGAUUUCAGUAAUAGGCAGCUGCCCAUCAAUGAACAGUUACCGUACAAGAUCGCACAGGUCCACAGGAUGCAGAACAGAGGCUCACUGGAUGAAAAAUUGGAAGACCAGAGUCUUCAGGAGAAAAGUGUAAUGGCCAAAAACAUUUUUCCACAAGACCAAAAUGCACAGGACAAAAACAUACAGGAAAAGACCCCAUGUGGUUGUCAGAAAUGUUUUUCCAAAGAUGACAAGUUUUUCAUGAGUUGUUUCAAACCUUCCAUUGAACCAUUUCUGUCUGCCAGCACCAUGCUGUCUCUGAAUGUUUUCAUGUGGUGGAAGCGCUUACAGUAUGAAAGACGUGACUUUAAUUACUACAAAACAGCAGUGGCCAACCUGUUUAAGAUAUUCCCGCCCGUUCCCAGCCUCAGAAAGCCCAGCCCGGGAAAAUGCCGGACUUGUGCUGUGGUGGGGAAUUCGGUUAAUCUGAGAGGAUCAAGCUACGGAUCCCUGAUAGACGCUCAUGAUAUCGUUAUAAGAAUGAACGGUGGUCCAACCACAGGCUAUGAGAAAGACGUUGGCACCAAAACGACCCAUCGAGUCUUGUAUCCAGAGAGCGCCGUAGAUUUAGAUAAUUCUACUCAUCUUGUAGUUUUUGCUUUUAAAAUACAAGAUCUGGAGUGGCCCACCAAGGCCUUGACAACCGGAUUUUACACAAGGUCACAUAGGAAAGUAAAACAGAAAAUAAAUGCCAACAAAGAUUUGGUGAUGGUGGUCAACCCGGCUUUUAUGAAGUAUGUCCACGAGAUUUGGAUGAAAAGGAGAGGAACGUAUCCAUCCACCGGCUUUAUGACAUUGAUUCUUUCUCUUCACGUAUGCGACGAGCCAGCUGUUCCAGCUCCUCUGGGGGAACCCAUGGCGUUCCCAGACCAGCUGAGAAACAUCGUCAGUGUGUCCUGGGUCUUCUCCGGGGUCUCCUCCUGGUGGGACAAGCCCAGAACACCUCACCAGAAAGGCGUCCAGGAGGCUCUCCCUUCACCACGACAGAUUGGUACAGAGCCCGCUUCACUGCAGACACUGCACCAAUCCGACUGUCGAUCUCCCGCUCCAUUUUUUCCUCAUUGGUGAACAAGAUCCUGAGAUACUUGAACUCCUCCACUUGGGGCAGGACAUCCUCACCGACCCAAAGAAGGCACUCUAUACUUUUCCAGCUCAUUUAUUUAUGCAUUUAUUUAUAUAGCUAUGAAUUUUUAUUUUAUUUAUUGAGAUGAUAAAAGAAAGAACAUUAAACACAUUGAUCAACAGGUUUUGUGUCAUUCAACACAUUUUCUCUUUAGGUUUUCUCAUCCAGGGUGUCAGACACUCACACACAAAUAAUAAAGAUGCACAAUAAAGUAUAGAUGGUAAUGUUAGCUAGUUGGUUAGAUAACUGGUGUUGGCUAACUUUGAAGAAGGCUAAUAUGUUUAUUUGUGACAAUAACGUUGUCACAGUACUCAUGAUUGACACACACAAACACAUUUGUGAGAUAAAAAUAAAGAUAACACUUAUAUGUAAGAGUUCUUGCUGUGUAAAAUAAGAUUAUUCAGGGGUGACACUUAGGUCUUAGUGUGUUUGGUUCACAAAAAAAUGUUUUCCUUACAGUCGCAGUUGGUAAGAAACAAAGAUUCCCAUUAAAUUCCAUCGGAAAUGAAUGCGGGUCAUUUUGGACCCACUCAUGGAAGAAUGGGGUAGUAACAUAAAAUAUGCUAUUUCUUAAAAUGUAUAAAAGGUAAAUUAAAAAUUUGAACUGCAUGAUAUCAGUAACACGUUUCUUGAGAAAUACCUGGAAUAUGAAGUGAUGAAAACUUUUCAUUACUAAGAUAUUGCAAAAAGAUGAUCUCACUGGGUCAAAAAGGGCAUCAGAGGGUUAAGACAAAACCCAUCUAACAGUUUGCAAAAUAACAGUUAAAAAGUAGCAAGGUGUAAUUAGGCUUUUUUUUGUCUGUUUUUUGAAAAUGUUUACAGUUGGCACAACUAUUUUAAAUUAAUCCAUUUUUUAAAAUAAAAUAAUCCAUAUCACAUUACUUCUAUCAUUAGACAUUUGUUUUUAGGAGUUUCUUUUUGUCGUUACAUCCUUCUGUCUUUUAGAUAGCACCAGGAAGAAUAAUAAAGGGAUUAAAAGCAAACAUUUUGUACACACUGCACAAAGCCCCAUGGAUAAAAUUGUGUUUGCACCAGUUAAACAGUUAUAUGCAUCGAGAGCCACAUCCCUCCUUCUCCAUACUCGUGUUUACCUUGAGAUUUAACAAAGAUAAGCCUUAAAUAAAACAGACAAAAACUUCCAUCUGGUGCCACAAGCUAACAAAAUAUCUUCAAAAUGUAAAUUUAAAAACAAACCUCCUAUGUGUAUUGACAAUGUCUCUAUGGACAAUAUGACCAACGUCAUCCAAAGUGUCUCAGGUCAGUGGUUCUGUUUUGUCUUCAUUCAAUGUUUAACCCAUAUCUGAUGACCAAUUAUCUAAAAUCACUAGGGUCUUGUUACAUUGACAGUAGGACAGUUUGUUCAAAAAAUAUCAAGUCCAAAUGAGAUCAAGUGUCAAGUAUGAAAUUUCCGUAAUGGACAGGCUCUGUCCUAAGGGUUUGGAUGUUAUGGAUCAGUAGUUUUUACAAUUGAGACGAAGCAUGACAGAAAUUACAGCAAGCCGACAAAUGGAAACAAUCCCCUGGCAACACGCCAGAGGGAAACUUACUUGUAAACAUUGUUAGCUCAAGCAAACGGGAUCCAGCUGCAGGCUCUCAGCCGCUUUACAUGCAAAGACAGAGAUCGAUGUCUCUGCUGUGGCGUCAGAGGACAACUGAAUCUUUUAUUAGUUCUUUAGGUGGCGGGGAAAAAAAUCCUUUCCUGGUUUCACAUUGGAUAUGAGCCUGAAAAGAAGGUGUUGAGUCCAUAAAAUAGUCACACACACAAGUUGUAAAUGCAUUUAGAUGGAGGAAUAGGGUAGCUGUCAGGAGUUUUGUUGUUACUGAGACGUAGUAACUUUCAUGUUUUUAUUUCAUCUAAGAAAUAAAAACAUUUUUGGAUGUCAAUGGCAAAUACUGUCUAGAUGAGUGGCAGUGAGACGGAGAUGGUGACUAUACCUCAUGUUAAGGUACAGUUAGAAAUACAAGUAGAAUAUUGAAUCUGCUGUAGUUGUCAUGCCAACGCACUAGUUGCAGCUGUGAUUUUAGCAUGUCGUCAAAACUCACAUUCACUGUUAUCCAUUCGCUUCCGUGUCGCUAACAUCCACCUCUUGUAGAAAAUAGUAACUUGUCUCCAUCGCUUAUGAACAAACUAUAACGUGUAUAUUCCUUAUUAGAAGUUGUGUUAAACUGAACAGGUUGAGUAGUACAAAACACCACAGACUUCGUUCAGAUCAGACAAACCCACAUGGGCACCUUCACACCUUUAGAAUACUUUGCACGGAAAAGUUUCACUUUGAAACCCGGUUUCAAAAAGUGUGAAGGACUCAGAUCACACCAAACGUGUAACCAAACAUUUGGACUGCAACAAAAAUAUUACCAUUUUACUGUAAACGGUGGCUAAGGCUACAUUCACAUGACACCGCUGCCUGGUAAGUGUUUGUUUUUUCAGAGUUUGAUUAAGGAAAAGUUUCCAACAUUUAGAUCGGCAACAAGACACCUUGAGUCAGCUGUAGUUCUCCUGCCAGGCCUCUAUGGGGCGCUGUGACUUUUAGCACGUUGUCUAAAGCACAUGGGCUUUUUACCAUAGACAUAAUGGCGGCCAUCUUGGAGCGGUAUACCGCUCCACUCAGCUUAUGUGUUUAGCAGA